AUGGAAUGUGACAGCGUACACGCAACAAUAGAAAAAAAACUGAAGAAUAAAAAUAUUGAAAUACCAAAUGAUUAUCACCGUCUUACAGAAGAAGCCCGUCAGAAACCGUUCCCGUAUGAAGUGAUAGCCCCAGCAUUUAAUUUUUUUCAAAAUUUCAAUUUGAAUCUCAUCUAUAAUUCUAUCCGCCCAGGUAAAAAAGCGGCAGAUCCUAUGGUAACUCAAAUAAGAGCUCUAAAGUAUGAACAUGGUCUUAUAAGUUAUAUCCUUGACUUUGACCAAGAGUUUGUGCCACUGCCUCAUCGCCCAAAAACAACUGUUCCAAAUAGAAUUAUCAAUAUCAAAGAAAAAGUUUGA